AUGCUGCCAGCGCAACUACAACCACCACGGGCCAGCAACAGGACGGCCCCCGCCGGCGUGAUUCGUGACGACCCGGAAAAGAAUCCAAACUCGCUCCACGACUUCCACGCCGCCAAACGAGGGCCUAGGAAUGUCCCAGCAGUCGUCACGUCCACGCCGGCGUCGAGUAGAGACAACAUUAGCAACGCCACACAGAAAGGGAGUGCGCCCAAGGACCCAGGCCAUGCUUACGCGCACACGGAACAUAUCAGCUUCGAAUACUUGGACCAGCGCGCCUCCAAUGCUCCCUUCGGAUACGAGCACUUCGUCUCGCUCCCGCCAACGUACGACGACGACCCGAACAAGGCGUGGCCGCUGAUCCUCUUCCUGCACGGCGCGGGGGAGUCGCAGCGCAGGCGGCACGAGUCCUUCGCUUCCCUGCGCCACGGCGUGCCGAAGGUUAUCCUCUGCUACGACAAGCUGAGGUCCAAUCCGGCGAAUGACACGCCCGCCAUCGACAUCCCCCCGGCCCCGCGGCUGCGGCGAAGCAAGCAGACGAAGCAGGGCGAUCACUCCGCGGAACCCGUGCCGAGGGAGGCCUGUGAGCUGUUGGCCGAGAACUUCGUCACCGUCACGCCGUCCCUGGACAUGGACAACGGGUAUGGCUGGAACGCGGCCAUCCUGUCGGCCCUGCUGGACGAGAUUGUCGAUCGCUAUCGCGUGGACCACGACGGGAUCCAUGUCACGGGCUUCAGCAUGGGCGGCUACGGCACCUGGGAUCUGGCCAUGCACUCGCCCCAUCGGUUCGCGACGCUGGCCCCGGUCUGUGGCGGUGGGGAUCAUUUGCGGGUCAGUCAUAUCAAGCAUGUGCCGCACUGGGUUUUCCAUGGCGAUCGAGACGACAUUAUCCCUGUACGGGCGUCGAUUCAGAUGGUCGACGCUCUGGAGAAGGGACAUGCAAAGGAAGUCAAAUUCAAACGGUACACGGAUCUCAUGCACGACAGCUGGACUCCGACAUACAACAACCCGGAUCUGUAUCGGUGGAUGCUCAUUCAUAGGAGGGAGGUCAAGGGUGACGAGGAAGGCGUCCCAGCCGAGAAUAAAGUCGUGCUAGGCCAAGAACAAGCUGAAAGUAUUUGA